CGCCCCAGGGCCGCGGAGGGCGCCGGGGCCCAGCCCAGCCCCGCGGCCGACGCCUCCGGUCACUUUCCAGACGAGGCCACCGAGGCCCAGGAGCUGGGCAACUUGUCCAGGGCCCAGCACGUCUGCCAAAGCCCAGCUGAGCACUCUCCCGGCCCAGGUGGGGGGGUCUCUGGUGUGAUGGGCAGGGGGAAACCCGGACGUCCACGGAGGCCAAUGAGCAGGAGGCAGGCCAGCAAGCUGCAGCACAUCCACAGUUGGAGGGCAAUGUGAGCGGGCGUGGCCACGCAGACCACCGCCGGCGCAGCCCACCAGACCCCGGGGAGGCCCGCAGGCGGCCAGAGCUGCGGCAGAGGCUGUGAAGUCUCUUGAAGGUGCCCCCAGGGCCACAUGCCACCCCCCUGCCCGGAUGUUUGACCCACGGUGGGAAGAGGCAGCUGCCGCCAGGGCGGAGGCGGAUGGACCCAGGCCAGGACUGAGCCACGCGUCCCGGCCCAGCACGGCCCGUGUGCAGGUGCGAGAGCUGAGCUGGCGGGGGCUGCACAACCCCAGCCCGCAGAGCAAGGCCCCAGGGGGCCCGGGGCGCGGCCUUGGGGAGCAGCUGGUGGAGGACUACCUGUCGCCUGCACGGCUGCAGGCCCUGGCCCAGGUGAGUGACCUCCGGCAAGUGACUGUGCUGGAGCUGCGCGUGGACACCCGCGAGCACAGCCUGGGGAGCUUCGGGGUGCACUUGCCCAAGCUCAGCCAGCUGAAGCUGAACGGCAGCCGCCUGGGCUCAGUGAGAGACCUGGGCACCUCCCUGGGCCACCUGCGGGUGCUGUGGCUGGCCCGCUGCGGCCUGGCCGACCUGGACGGUGUCGGCUCCUUCCCGGCGCUGAGGGAGCUGUACGCCUCCUUCAACGACGUCUCGGACCUGAGCCCGCUGUGCCUGCUGGACCAGCUGGAGGUGCUGGACCUGGAGGGCAACGGCGUGGAGGACCUGGGGCAGGUGCGCUACCUGCAGCUCUGCCCGCGGCUGGCCACGCUCACCCUCCAGGGCAACCUGGUGUGCCUGCGGCCCGGCCCCGUCCCCCACCACGAGGUGACCCCCGACUACAACUACCGGGCCGAGGUCAGGCGCCUCAUCCCCCAGCUGCGGGUCCUGGACGACGUGCCGGUCUCACACACGGGCCCGCCCGCCUCCCCAAAGCUGGACCAGGACUGGCUCACGGUGACGGAGGCCAUCAAGGGGGGCGGUGUCCUGGAAGGCCGGCUUCCCCAGCCAGGUCGUCCCCGUGAAGCCCCCGUCCGGAGCCAUGACCCUGAGCCGCCCCUGCCCGAGCCCCGGCCCCCGGCCCCCAGGCCCUGGCCCUUCUCCCUUCUGGCCCCCGGAGGGCCCCUGCCCGAAGGCCUGCUGCCCACGGAUGCGGCCCCAGAGGAUGACACCAGCGCGCUCACCCACGGCGCCAGCAGAGUCCUCUGCGGGAACCCCACCAAGGGCCUGUGGGAGCGCAGGCGCCGGGGCCAGGCGCAGGCACCUCUGGGGCAGCCCCCACACCGGCCCAAGGACCCGGCCACCGGAGCCGCCACCCCAGCACCUGACCCUGCGGACGGCUGCGGCCUCCUGUCCACGGCGGGGCUUCGGGCCUGGCGGGAAGCUCACCUGUGGUGCCUGGGGUCCCAGCAGGAAAGGGCCACCGUCCCCCCGGGCCCUCGGAGGAGCCUUGAAGAGCAAGAGGCCCGGGCUGGGCCCAGGAACACCCCUGGCCACCCAGCUCCGGCCCCAGGUACUGACUGCACCAGCCCAGCCGCUGGGAGCCCCCAGCCCGCAGGCCAUGUGGCCGCGGGGCUGCACAGAGAGCACUCCAGAGCGCAGGCCGAGGGGUCCCCUGGGGCUGUGGGCAGCAAGGGGCCAGGAGAUGGACCAGCCCCUGGGGGGUCCUCAGGGGAGCAGGAACCGAGGCCAGGGCAGGAGGGUCAGGGCCCUUGGACUCAGGGACACCGGCUUGAGAGGCCAGGGCUGAUGAGCAGGUGGGGGCUCCCCGGAGGAGGCUGGGGGGCACUGUCAGCGGGUUCCACCUGUGCUCUCUGGCGGGACUUGGGCUGGGGCGGCUGGGGGUGCUGA